CCAGGAUCAGCAUGGCCGUCCGCCAGUGGGUAAUCGCCCUGGCCUUGGCUGCCCUCCUUGUUGUGGACAGGGAAGUGCCAGUGGCAGCAGGAAAGCUCCCUUUCUCAAGAAUGCCCAUCUGUGAACACAUGGUAGAGUCUCCAACCUGUUCCCAGAUGUCCAACCUGGUCUGCGGCACUGAUGGGCUCACAUAUACGAAUGAAUGCCAGCUCUGCUUGGCCCGGAUAAAUACCAAACAGGACAUCCAGAUCAUGAAAGAUGGCAAAUGCUGAUCCCACAGGAGCACCUCAAGCCAUGAAGUGUCAGCUGGAGAACAGUGCUGGGCAUGGAGAGGAUAUGACAUGAAAUAAAAGAUCCAGCCCAACUGA